AUGAAGGCUUCCAUUUCCCUUUUGCCCCUGCUUUUGGCGCUCUUGCCCCUUGAGGGUUCAGGUCAAGGUUUGUUCUCAAGAAUGGCCAAGUUUGCUAAAACGCAGUUUGUUGGGAGUUUGUUGAAGGGAAUCCCAACGAGAACUCUUUCCAAUGGCGUCGAAUUCCCUCUUAUCGGGUUGGGAGUUGGAAAUAUGUUGAUGGAUCUUAUUCCAUCAAUGAUCAGCCGGUCACUACAACCAGACAAGAAAGUGUAUCUAUUCGACACGUCCAACAUUAGCCACAAUGAGCUUUAUGUGGCCAAAGGAAUCAUCGAAGGUGCCGAAAUCUUGGAACGUGAAUCUGGCGUCGACAAGAUCGAGGUCCACGUUAUCACCAAAGUGUGGUACACCCAUUUGGGCUAUGACCGAACACUUCAUGCGGUUCAGAACUCAAUCAAUGCCUUCCAAGAGGCCAUUGACCACAAAAACGUUGAUUUGAAGCUUCAUGUGAUGAUUCACUGGCCACGUUGUUACGACAAUGUUCCAUGGAUGAAUUGCGAACUCGAAGAAAAUGAACUACCUCAAGAUGUCAAGGAUGCCGGACCUCCUCCUCACUUGGACAAGGCCAACGCUUGGAAGAACAGUUGGAAGGCCCUAGAAAGCCUUGUGAUGAAUGAAGAGAACGUCGUCUCUAGCAUUGGCGUUUCCAACUUCCAUCUUAAGGAAUUGAAAAUGUUGGAUGAAAUGGCUACCGUGAAGCCACAAAUUAUCCAAACCGAUGCUUGGUCUUUGUUGUACGACCCAAUGAUGAUUGACUUUUGCCACAAACAUGACAUUCAUGUUAUCGCCCAUAACUUGAUGGAUGGUGUGUUCUUGAAGGCCGACAAGGCACCCUUUGCUUUCAAUCACCUGGCACUUGUGGCCAACGAGCUCACCAAAGAUAUGAAAAACAAGGGGUUACUUCCAUCCGACAAGGAGGAGGUGACACCCGCUCAAGUCAUCCUGGCCUGGCUCGUCCAGCAUUCCAUUUCCGUCAUUCCACGAACUGUUAACCUACGACACUUGCACGAAAACUCUGCUGUUCAGCUUGGAAGCAUCCCUGCCAUGAACGAGCAGCAAGUCCAGACUGUGGCACUUUCUGUUGAAGCCAUGAUUAGUGAAGAAGAUAUGCCUGAUGAUGCAUAUGUCAAGAUCACAUUCCAUGCAAAGACCAAGGAUAUCUACUUGUGGUGGUACGACCAAGAGUAUGGUGGAGAGAUUCAGGUCGCCAAGAUUGAUCAAGGGAGCACCUGGGAAGAAUCUUCCCAUCCAGGACACAUCUUCAGAGUUUACGACGGUCCUGAAAAGAAUAGUUAUGAGCUCUUCUCCGUCCAGGGCAGGUAUGGGGAUCACCGUCAUGUAGAACUAUAA